UCCCUCGCAUGAGCUACGCGUCUAUGUUCUGCUGAUUCUCAAAACAAAAGCACCAGAUGGCAGAGCCCGUGGAAUUAGUCCAGCACAAAUGCAAAGCAACAAUCACCAUAACGCUGUUACGCGUUUAGGUGAUGUUUUACGGCUGUGCGAGUGUUUUCCGCUGGUAUGAGAUGGCAUGGAGUGGAUAUGGGGCUCUUUCUAAAUUAAUAAGAAAUGAAAGCGACUGGCUCCAGAUAGGCACACCGUGCGCACGGAUACAGACCGACAUUGCGCAGUAAAUAUCAUUUGGAUUUCCUCUUGUCCAAAGUUCGGGAAUGUUUGGUCGGGUUGUGGUGCCGUUGAGACGGAUGGCUUAGGAGAAGGAAGAGGAAGGGGACGUGCAACACGAAGCCUGCGAGAAGCCCUUUGGAUCCCGCACAGAGGCCCAUUGCCCUCCACUGCGCCCAGAAGCUAUUCAAAGCAUUCCUGUGUUUAUGUUUCAGCCUAAUCACUGUCUGAAAUUCAUCCUAGGAUUCAUUUGAUGGCAUCAUUCUUCCUCCAUUUACGCCUAUGGUAUCUGCUCCAUUGACCAACCCCAGUGUCCCAGGAAUCAUUGUCUGAUUCAACCCAUCUUCUGAACCUGAAGAUAAAGUGGAGAUCAAAUUCCUAAUAUCACAAAUCCAAUUCUUAUUCCCAUUUUUGUUUACACAAAUGGAAAGGAGAAAUUCAGCCUGCAUUAGACGAAAGGAAGUAAAGAUGCCAAAAGCAGGCGAUGUCCAGUUUUCAUUCGGACAGCAAUUUUAAGGAUGAUGAUACUGAGAAGGUUUUUUGUUCAUUUUAUUUUCGGCACACCAUCUUUCCAUGAUAUGAUUCCUUGGAGACUCUGAAUAUAGACCUUUGAGAGGUCAAAUUGGGAUCAGACACUCAGUGAGUUGGGUUUUGGAAAUCCAGCAUUCUUCUAGAUUUGAUGUCUUUAAGAUACCUCAAGAUUGUGAACUCAAGGGUGUUGGGUAUUUCAGAACUGGAUAAUAGAUGCCAAAACCAACUUCCAGAGAACUUAAACAAGUAGAAGAACAUCGCAAACUAUAGCUGUGAGUGGGUUUGUUGGCCCUUUUUGGGCCCCAACCCAAAUCUCAGCCUUCGGCCUAUAUUUCUGCAGAUUUGGCACCCAUUUCUUACUCCCCCAACCUCCACCAUUCCUUGAAGACUCUAAAUAUGGAUCUUUGAGAGAUCCGACUGGAAUCGGACACCCAGGUGAGUUGGGUUUUGGAAGCCCUGGGAUUAGAUGUGUCAAGGUUGUAAACUCAAGGAUGUUGGAUAUUUCAGAAGUGGAUUAUUGAUGCCAAACCCUACUUACAGAGAACUUUGAGAAGAAUAUCUCCACAAACUAGGGCCGUUAGAGGUUAUGUUUGCCCCUUUUUGGGCCUCAACCCAAAUCUCAACCCCUUCCUCCCAUUUGUCACAUUUGGCACCCAUUUCUUACCCUGUGACCUCCACCAUUACUUAAAGACUCUAAAUAUGGACCUUUGAGAAAUCGAGAUGGCAUCAGACACCCUGUGAGCUGGGUUUUGGAGGCCCAGCCCAACUCUCUCUUUCCUGGGUUGGAUGCUUAUUAGAUUCCUCAAGGGUGUUGGGUAUAUCAGAAGUGGAUUAUCUUUUUAAAUGCCAAAUAUCCCUUCCAGAGAACUUAGAAAAGGAGAAGACCUCUGCAGACUAGGGCUGUGAGUGAGUGAGUCUGUUGGCCCUUUUGGGCCAGAACCCAAAUCUGAACCCUGUUUUGUGCCCAUUUAGCACCCAUUUCUUGCCCCCAUCUCUACCCAACCUCCACCAUUCGCCCCUCACUGGCCACGGCAGUCCUCCCUCCCCGUUCCCGCCCCCACCCUUCCCAUUCCCCUCACCACACUCCUCACCCCUCGACCCAAGUUGCUAUGGCCACCGGCACUACCACCACUGCCCGCGAACACCUCCUAGUGGUGCGGAGGCGAACCCCGCAUAUGCGCUACACACUAAGCCCGGAGAAUCUCCGCAGCCUCUCAGCGCAGGGAAGUUCUGUGAAUGGGAGGAGCUCCAGAGGAGGAGCCUCAGAACCAAUGGGCCUACAGCGAGCCAACAGCGACACCGACCUGGUGACGUCGGACAGCCGUUCCUCUUUAACAGCCUCGACGUAUCAAUUCACACUCGGGCGAGGACAAAACCUGGUCAUCUCUUGGGACAUCAAGGAGGAAGUGGAUGCCACUGACUGGAUUGGGUUGUACCAUAUAGAUGAGACGUGUCCCGCUAACGUUUGGGAUUCGAAGAACCGUGGCGUGAAUGGCACUCAGAGGGGGCAGAUCGUCUGGAGGCUGGAGCCUGGGCCAUAUUUCAUGGAGCCUGAGACCAAAAUCUGUUUCAAAUAUUACCAUGGAGUGAGUGGAGCGUUGAGAGCCACAACAUCCUGCAUCACAGUCAAAAACCCUGGAGUUACAGUGGGAGCAGAAGGGCAGGUGGACGGCCAGUCUGUCACAGAACACUGCAGGAAAUUGGUCAGCUUUACAUUAUCAGAUAUCAGGGCUCAGGGCUUGAAGAAGGGCAUGUUUUUUAAUCCUGACCCCUAUCUAAAGAUGAGCAUUCAGCCAGGCAAGAGGAACAGCUUUCCAGCAUUUACCCACCACGGCCAAGAGAGACGAACCUCCAUCAUAUCCAACACAACCAACCCUGUGUGGCACGGAGAGAAGUACACUUUUGUUGCAUUGAUGACGGACGUUUUGGAAAUUGAGGUCAAGGACAAAUUUGCCAAAAGUCGUCCGAUCAUCAAACGCUUUUUAGGUCAGCUGAUAUUACCAGUGCAAAGACUGCUGGAGAGACAUGCAGCAGGGAAUCAACAUGUAAGCUACACACUUUGUCGUCGUUUGCCAACGGAACACGUGAGCGGGCAGCUGCACUUCAGGGUGGAGAUCACCUCCAAUGGACAUGAAGAUGUCAUGGGUUCUCUGCUAGGAGCAUCCUCUGUGAACGGGGACCCUGGGAGCCCUUCGGACGAUGAGGAGGUGUUGCAUCCUGUCUCUCGCAUGACCCGAGGCCCCUCGCCCACUGGUUCUGAAGGGUCCAUGCACGGUGAUGCCUUUAGGACAGAUGAGUGCUUGAUGGACCCUGAUGAAGAUCAGCUCUUGAGAGACGGAGCUCCAGACUCGGCCGAAGGGACCCCGGGCCACUCUCAUCGCCAGGCCUCACUUAAUGACUACCUGGAUGCCAUUGAAGCCCCUAAGGGCCCCGGAGACAGGCCGCUGGGGGCUGCGUCUCCGAAACUACGCUCAAGUUUCCCUACAGACACUAGACUCAAUGCUAUGUUACAUAUAGACUCUGAUGAAGACGAGGAAGGACAUGCCUCCCGGGACACAACAUUGACCAAUGGGGCUCAAGGAGCUAAUGGUCAUGCCUCCUCUGAACAGGACAAGGGGGAGGGUCUUACAAAAGAUAGGGAGAAAACUGAGUUGGAAGUGGCAAGCUGUGCCACAGAUACAGAGGCCACAGCCUCGGGGCUGAGUAGUAGCACAGCAAAAAGCCAAAAUGAAGGUGCUGAGGGCAGCCGGGAAGGUGUUGCCAGCACUGGAGACUCCACUCAAACUACUGCCAGCUCUCAGCAGACAACUCCAAAAAUACAGGAUGAAGAGGGAGUUGGACCCAACGCAGCAACCAGGGAAGAAGUUGUUGUAUCUUCAGAGGCCUCUGAGACGUCAGCAGCUGCAAAUAAUGUAGCUACUGUAGGAGGCGGGGCCACUGCAGCCAGGCAAUCAGAGCAGGGGAGUUCUAACGAGGCGGCCAAUGGGGAGGAGGAAGACGGAGAAAUCUGGCAGAGGAGGCAGAGUUUACAGCCAUCAGGGAAUGCAUCACAGUCUGAAGGGAUGGAAUCAACCAAUGAAGUGAGGAGGGCAGUUGACUCAGCACAAGCUGCCAUGGUAACAGAUGGAGAGACAGGGGCCAGUGCUCAAGUGAACGGCCAUCAACCAAUGCGCUCCCUCCCUUCAGUGCGUCAUGACAUCAGCCGCUACCAGAGAGUGGAUGAACCUCUUCCGCCAAACUGGGAAGCUCGUAUUGACAGCCACGGGAGGAUUUUCUAUGUUGAUCAUGUGAACAGAACCACGACCUGGCAGCGCCCCACCGCCCCACCUGCACCUCAGGUUCUUCAGAGGUCCAACUCCAUUCAACAGAUGGAGCAGCUUAACCGAAGGUAUCAGAGUAUUCGAAGAACGAUAACCAAUGAGAGGACAGAUGAGCAAGCUGCGGAGAUGCCUUCAGAUGAUACUGACUUGCUGCAUCACUCCAUACCUGAGUACCGUCGGGAUGGUGUCGUUGGGCCCACUAGCUCUCGCUCCCGUCUGUCUUUGCUGCUUCAGUCCCCAAGCGCCAAGUUUCUCACCAGCCCGGACUUUUUCUCCGUACUGCAUUCUAACCCUAGUGCCUACCGUAUGUUUACAAGCAACACGUGUCUGAAGCACAUGAUCAGUAAAGUGCGACGGGACGCGCAUCACUUUGAGCGCUACCAGCACAACCGCGACCUGGUGGCCUUCCUCAACAUGUUCGCCAACAAACAGCUGGAGCUCCCGCGGGGCUGGGAGAUGAAACAUGACCACACGGGCAAGCCUUUCUUCGUGGAUCAUAACUGCAGGGUGACCACCUUUAUAGACCCGCGACUGCCGCUGCAGAGCGCCCGACCCAGCAGCAUUCUUGCCCACCGACAGCACCUCAGCCGGCAGCGCAGUCACAGUGCAGGGGAGGUGAGCACCCGGCAUCUGGUGGGUGAUGACCCUCGGCACGCUGGACCUGCUGUGCUGCCCCGCCCCUCCAACACCUUCACAGCCAAUCGCAACCAGUGUCAAGAUUUAGUUCCUGUUGCCUAUAAUGAGAAAAUAGUGACAUUUUUGCGGCAACCGAACAUUUUUGAGAUCCUUCAGGAAAGACAGCCUGAGCUCAUUAGAAAUCAUUCACUCAGGGAGAAGGUGCAGUUCAUUCGUAAUGAAGGAGCAUCUGGUUUAGCUCGACUCUCCAGUGAUGCAGACUUAGUGAUUUUGCUCAGCUUGUUUGAAGAGGAAGUGAUGUCAUAUGUGCCACCUCAUGCCUUACUGCACCCCAGCUACUGUCAAUCACCGCGUGGGUCUCCAGUCUCCUCCCCUCAGAACUCUCCUGGUACACAACGAGCCAAUGCACGGGCCCCUGCACCAUACAAACGAGACUUUGAAGCCAAACUUCGGAAUUUCUAUCGCAAACUGGAGACUAAAGGCUACGGACAGGGUCCAGGCAAAGUCAAGUUGAUAAUCCGGAGAGACCACCUGUUGGAGGACGCCUUCAAUCAGAUUAUGUGCUACUCUCGCAAAGAUCUACAGAGAAGUAAACUCUACGUCAGCUUUGUUGGAGAGGAGGGACUGGAUUACAGUGGCCCAUCACGUGAGUUCUUCUUCCUGGUGUCUCGGGAGCUUUUUAACCCAUACUACGGUCUGUUUGAGUAUUCAGCCAAUGACACCUACACCGUCCAGAUCAGCCCCAUGUCUGCCUUCGUCGACAACCAUCAUGAGUGGUUUCGCUUUAGUGGGCGUAUUCUGGGUCUCGCUCUCAUCCACCAAUACUUGUUGGAUGCCUUCUUCACUCGACCCUUCUACAAAGGUCUACUGCGAAUUCAGUGUGAUCUGAGUGAUUUAGAAUAUCUGGAUGAAGAGUUUCAUCAGAGUCUUCAGUGGAUGAAGGAUAAUGACAUCAAGGACAUGCUGGACCUCACUUUUACCGUCAACGAGGAAGUCUUCGGACAGAUAACAGAGCGGGAGUUGAAGCCGGGUGGCGCGAACAUCCCUGUGUCAGAGAAGAAUAAGAAGGAGUACAUUGAGCGCAUGGUGAAAUGGCGUAUUGAGAGAGGAGUCGUCCAGCAGACCGAAAGUCUCAUACGAGGCUUUUAUGAGGUUGUCGAUGCGCGGCUGGUGUCGGUGUUUGAUGCACGAGAGCUGGAGCUGGUGAUCGCAGGAACGGCAGAGAUUGAUCUGGGAGACUGGAGAAACAACACAGAGUACAGAGGAGGUUACCAUGACAACCACAUCGUAAUUCGCUGGUUCUGGGCGGCAGUGGAGCGAUUCAACAAUGAGCAGAGACUCAGACUUCUUCAAUUUGUGACAGGGACUUCCAGUAUCCCGUACGAGGGUUUUGCCUCCCUCAGGGGCAGCAAUGGACCGCGGCGCUUCUGUGUAGAGAAGUGGGGGAAAAUCACAUCUCUGCCCAGGGCUCACACGUGUUUCAAUCGCUUAGAUCUCCCCCCGUAUCCCUCGUUCUCCAUGCUGUACGAGAAGAUGCUCACUGCAGUGGAGGAGACCAGCACGUUCGGCUUGGAGUGAAUGUUGACCUUUGCACUUCAGCCUGAUCAAAUAUGUACUGCAACCACUUCCUGUGACCUCUCUAGAAGAUUAUGAAGCAUUCAGAGCAAAGGAAGACUUUCUACCAUUUAAAAAGACACCGAAAGCACUUAGAAGUAUAUGUUGUACACUGUUUUACUUAAGAAAAUACUUCCUCACAAAACGAACACCACACAGACCCAACAAGGAAAACAAGGAAAGGCAAAAAAGACAAACUGGAUUCAUAGAAGAAAGUGCGAAUGUAAACUCGGUUGUUUGGACAGUGGCGCCACUUUGAUUCGCUCUGGACACAAAGAAGUGGUCGGGCAAAUGCAAAGUUGAGUUAUUAACUGUAAAAAUUUACAUUUAUUUUACAUGUAUUCAUUUAGCAGACACUUUUAUCCAAAGCGACUUACAAAUGAGGAAUUGAGCAAAAAUGAGGAAAACAAACCCAAAGGACUUUCGAUAUUAGAAUACUCUUUUUAACUGUAAAAAAAAAAAAAAGACUUUUAUACAGACCAUCGAAGUGCAGCAUGAAUGAACAAACAUUGUGUUGUGAAACAGCUUUCUUCAGAUGUCCUUGCUGUCUCGAAUCGCCUCAAGCAUUAUCACAUGACAUGUAUGACAGCGUUACCCAUUUUUUUUGUUGAAACCCUCUAUAUUAAAUUGAAACGUAUACCUUUGCUCUAUCUUUAUCAUAUUUACACAUUUGUCUCUUCUGUUUGGUUUGACACAGUGUGCCCGUUCAUGUCAUGUCAAACGUGUGGCACUAUUUUGAAUGAACUGGUUAUGCAUAUACUCACACAAACACACAGGCAUGUUUUGAAAGGGCAUGUUACACAAAAGUGCACUCUCAUACACACUUAAACAUAUGAAUGUGACCACUAUGUGCAAAUCUGCUUUAAAAAUGUGCUGGAAGUUAUGACUAAAAGAAUGAGGAAGGUUUUAUGAUGUUUUGGAGAAGAAAAUACCAAUUGUAUGACAUUGACGCUUCUGGAAAAAAUAUCUGGGGGCUUUAACUUGAUGGUUUUCCUUCUGAGAAAUCUCAAGUUUGAUUUCUGAUGACAUUAUGAAAGAGAGGAGGACACAAAACUGAUUUUCCACUUGAAUGGUUACAUCCCCCUACAGACAAUCUUAAAGGAAUAAUUUACUCGAAAAUAAAAAUUCUGUCUUCAUUUACUCACCCUCAUAUUGUUCCAAACCCCAAUGACUGACUGACUUCCAUGAAACAUGAAAGGAGAUGUUUUGAAAAAUGGUCUCACUGCUCUUUUCCAUUCAAUGAAUGUGGAUGGUGACUGAUUCUGUCAAGCUCCAAAAAUGACAAAAAAAGCUCCAUAAAAGCAUUUUCAAGCCUUCUGAAAAAAAAUAUAAUUGCUUUCUGCAAAUCAUUUUUUUUUUGUUAUUCUUUGUUAUUCACUAAAAAUCUUCCUCUCUGUAGUAGAUCUGAAAUCUCAUUUGCGAUUGCACAUAUUGAAAAUAUUCAAACUUUUGUAGUAUUUUAAUGUUGCUUUUUUUGUCAUUUUUGGAUCUCAACACUGUCUGUUUUCAUUAACCCUUUAAGCGGCGGGCCGCGAGAAAAAAAUAAUCAACAAAAUAUUAAUAACUGCAGGUUUGACCAACACAAAAUAAGUAUCGUUUGAAAGCUUAGAAGCUCUACUUUACAAUGCAUGUAGGCAUUAUGACCUUAACUGAACAAGUGCUUUGAAAUUUGCAGACAAAUCAGAAGUGUUCCAUUUUGAUAAUUUAUAUAAAAAAAUCUUGCACUGUACAUAUUGCAAUCAGUAAAAGCAUCUGAAAAAAACUGAUCAAACUGCCAUGUGUCAUAAGCUGUUGGAAAGCUUUCAAAGGGUAGAAUACAACCAGCCUAUUUGUUACUCACAGACAAAUAUAUAGUGAGUAAUAGCUAAGUAUAUGUCUUGGACAAUUAUGUUGCUGUUGCUUAUAUGCCGCGUUUUCACUUAUAAAUUCACGAAAAAUAAACAGAACAAAAAAUAUCACAUACUUUUAGCUUGUGAUUAUCUUUCAAUCAAGUCACAUAAGGUAAUCGGAUGCAUAGAUCACUAGAUAUUCCACACGAAGCACAACGUUACAUAUAGCCACCAGGAGAUGGCGCCAUGUAAAUGACAAACUCGAUGCAGACUCGAGGUUUUCAUUCUGUGAAAUCUCAUUACUAAAAUCAGGUCUCCAUGCUAUACAAACCUUUAGUCAUUGUUGUGUUUGUAUGUGUAAUUAGUUCUUAUGUACAAUUAUUAUGUUUUAUUUGUUUGGAGAGGCUUUUGGACACAUGGAGACGUUUUUGGACACUAUGAUAAAUGACUUUGUAAAGCUAUAACUUUUGAUUGCUUUGUCGUAUCAACACAAAAUAUUUCUCAUAUACAGUUGACAUGAUUGGGAACAAACAAAUACAUUUUUUAGAGCCAUCUUAAUUACACAUAGACAUAUAUGAUGUCAAAUAAGAAAAAUAAGAAAAAAGUAAUUUUUUGUUUUGGCUCAAUUUUUACCCCCAGAGGUUUCUUAGGCGAGAGUCAUCAUAAUCUAUAUCAUAAUUUUAUUUUAUUUAGUUUUUAGUUUUCUUUACAAUAAUACCAAACACUUGACCCUCCUUGGUUUUUUGUCGAGUUAUAAGCCUUUAAUUUUGGGUAUGCCACUGAAACACCUGAGCUUAAAGGGUUCAAUUAAAUUGUAUCGAAAAGAGCACUGUGAACAUUCUGCUAAAUGUCUUUGGUGCUCGACAGAAGAAAGUAAGUCAUACUUGUUUAUAAUGACAUGAGGGUGAAUAAAGUAUGACAAUUUUCAUUUUGGGUGAACUAUUCCUUUACACUUAAUUAUUCUUUUUAUACUUACCCUUAUAGCUUUAGUGUGACAUGAAUGUGAACUCAGCUUUCUUGAAUGUUUUUCAUUGUUGACACCUUUUUUUAACCCCCUUCCCUUAUUUGAAAACGAGGAAUAUCAACCCCAGAGAAAAACAUAUCAAUACAUUCCAGAUCAUUUGCGUUAACUCAACACUGCCGUGGCUGUGUGCUGCUGGAUUGUACUCUUGUUCUGAAUGUUUUGUAUUUGGAUACAUUUUGUGUAUUUAAUAUCGCUUCCAGUAAAAACUGGUGUAGUUGAAACUGCCAUGGGGCUUUAUGAGCCCUAUUAAAUGUUGGAAUAGCAACAGGAAGAAAAAAAA